AAAAACUCUUUUCAUUUUCUCGUCCUCAGUCUUCUUCUCUCCUGGUCUUUGAACUCUGCAGACCAUUUUUUUUCCUCUGCAGAGAAACAGAAACAAGAGAAAAAUUAUAAUAGAACUCUGGAAAGCAAACCCUAAGGAUUUUCUUUGUUUUUUUUUUUCAUUUCAAUGGAAUACCAGAGAGCUUCGGCUGCUACGGCCUUUUCUAAGAAACUUAGCCAUGGUCACAGCUUCAACGGUAAAAACAUGUACGACGGCGUUUUCAGUGGUCAAAGUAAGGUAGGAUCGAGUGUUGAAGAUUACGCCGAGAUAUUUGGUGGCGGUUCCGGCUCUUCGAUUCCGGUUCUUGAUGUCCCUGAGCUGAAUGAGAGGAAGUUCUCGGUCGAUGUUUCGAGCUCGAAGCUUGAAUAUUCCAACAUUUUUGGCGGUUUUGGAGACUUCGAGUAUGCUGUUUCUCAUGAGGAAUUCAUUGCUAAGCCACCAAGAGCUAAAAAGACUCCAGCUAAGACACGAUCGUAUUCAGAAGGGUCAUUCUCAUAUCCUUUGAAUAUUCCGGUGGGGUCGAAUGAUCAAACCUCCCAUGAAUCCGGUAAUGGUGUGAAGCAGUUCAAAAUGUCAUAUAAUAAAAUCAGCCCUGGAAGCAAAAACGGGGCAAAUGGAACAACACAUGUAGCGCAGCUUCAUGCUGUUCCUGGUUAUACACGUUUAGUUGAUGAAAAAAUCACUUCAUCAAGGGACAAGCCAGAUUCCUCAGUUGUAAAUGAGACAUAUAAGUCCAGCAAUUCCAGUGAGGGGACAGUAGAAGGCAUGCAUAAGAAGCCAGUGUCCAGUAGUAAACAGACUUCGACAGUUGUUAAAGAAUUGCGCAGCAAAUCUGGCAGUAAUGGGUCUGAUUUUAAUGAUGUAUUAUUUGGUUCUUAUGAUGUUGGCCAUAGAACACCUCCGAAAGUCCCUCGCGCUUCAAGCAUGUUGAAUAACAUGGGUGGUAAUAAGCGUGGUUCUAUGAAGCUUGGGGUUUUUAGGAGUUAUUCUUUAGAUGGUGAUGUAGGUGUCUCUUCCCCACCUUACUUGGAUGAUGAAGUGGAUGCAAAUUCAGUUGCUGCUACUUCUGCAGCUGCAGUCAAGAAGGCAAUAGAGGAGGCUCAAGCCAGGUUAAAAAUUGCAAAAGAAUUGAUGGAAAGAAGAAAAGGAGGUCAUGUAAAUCGUACAAAACCAAGCUUUAAUGGUGUUUUGAAAGCUGAGGCGAGAAAGAAAAGUAAAGAUACUGUCAAACAAAAUGAUAUCAUGCCAGAUAUGGCGCAGGAGACAUGUGAAAAGAUAGAUGCUUCUGUGCAAACCCCUCCUGAAGUAAGAAAGCAAAAUGUGAUAAAAGUUGGCCAAGUGGCAGCCGAAUCAGAUGACAGUGAGAAAAUUUUCACUGCCAGAGAAGCUGCAGGAGGAACAUGUGCAAAGAAUUUCACAUCACCACAAGCUAAUUGUAGGCAUGAAGAAGCAGAAAAAAGGGAAGCAGCAAAACAGGGAGAAAGAGAAAAGGAAGUGAUGCAGGCUCUGAAUGAAUAUGAAGGAGAAGAGAAAAAAAUCAUUGAAAACUUAGAAAAAUAUGGUGAGAAAUCAGAAGCUGUUGAGGAGGUUCCUAAACAGGAGGUUGAGAGGAAACUAGAUGCAUCAAAAGAGUUAUGUGAUAAGGAUGAAUGUCUGAAUAAAAAGAAGUUAGAUGUAGAGUUUCAUGAUCGGAAAGAAGAUGAAACUAAACUAGGAUUUUCUGAACCGUGGGAAGAAACUGAAAAUAAAAUGUCCAGUGAACUAGAAGCAUGUGAAAGUAACUUGAAAGAGCCAGAGAAACCAACAGAAGAUGAGAGAAAAGUUGAAAUGCAAGAGUUGAAGGUUAUUGAUAAUAUGGAAACACUAGAAAUUGCUCAGGAUAUUGAUCAUGUGGAGAAACGUAAUCAUGUGCUUAAACAGGAAGAAAAUGGUUGUGGAUUAGAAGAUGUUUUUGAGAAGGAAGAGAAUGAGAUGCUACUACCAGAUGUUUCUAUGCAGAAAGAAUUGGGGAAGCGAUCUGAAGAAGCUUUUGAGAUAUCAGAACUGAAGGCAGAAUGUAAGGAGGCUUGUGGAGCAGAAGAAAACAAGGAAGAAGAAGAAGAUGAUUGCAAUAUAGAAGACAAUGAGCAGAUGUCAGACGAAAUGGAGGAACAGGAAAUAAUUGAUCUUAGACAUAAUAAUUUUGAUGAUGAGGAAGAAAGGGAGGGGAGCCUUGAAGAGGAUGAUGACUUGUUGGAGGAUGAGGAAUUUAUGGAGGCUGAAGAGAAUAGUGAUAUGUUUGAAGAUGCUUAUCAGAUGGAAGCAGUGGAGGAGGGACAAAAAGAAGCUCCUGACAGUGUGGGAACUGAAGAGAUGCAAAAACUGACUGAUCAAAAAGCAGAUGAGAUGACAGAAUUAACGGAAGCUGCUCUAGAGUGCUGUGAGGAAGAUCUUGAAGCAGCCAAUGAUGCAUACAAGGAAAAUGAAAUCAACAACCUAGAUGAAACUCUGGAAUCCUCUAUAAAUGAAGACAGCUGUGAAAUGACUCCUGAUUUACUUGUAAACGAAGAAAAUGGGGGGAUAGCAGAAGGAAACGAAGACAGCUGUGAGGAAACUAGAAUAGAUUCAGAAGCAGUUGAAGUGGCUGGUAACUUGGAAGAAAACCUAGCAUUUGAUAAUACUGGCUUGGCUGAAAGCAACUUUAACCUCAAUGAGAUUGAGCAGCAAUCAGAAAAUAAAACCGAGGCAAUUGAUUUUGACAGAAAUGGUAUAGAUAUUGAUACAGCAGAGAUAAGUUUUGAGCAAAAGCAAUAUGAGCAGCAUUCCAAAGAGUCUGAAAUAAUCUGCACCCUGGAGAAGCAUGUUGAAGAACUGGCUUGUGAAUCAGAAGAAGACGUCAGGGAUGCUGAAGUUGUGUUGAAACAGGAAGAGAACAAGAACAACUUUGAAUUCCCUGAUGAGGGAAGGUUGGUUGAUUCUCUGCUACAUGGUAAGUUUGGUGAGAAACAUGAAACCACAGAAAUAGCUCAUGAUGUUGAAACAAGUCAAAGUACAGAAAACAAUGAGGAGAAUCAUCAUGAAACCCUGACAAAGGAAGAGAGGGAAACCAAAAAUAAUUCCCAAGAAGACGUUGAGCUAGAGAAGGAACAACAAAGAAGAGUAGAUGAAGCAAAAGAGAGGAAAAGGGAAAGAGAAAAGGAGAGAAUAGCUGUUGAAAGAGCAAUUCGUGAAGCUCGUGAAAGGGCAUUUGCAGAAGCCCGUGAAAGGGCUGCUGCUGGAAGAACAAAUGUAGAAGGACGGCGUAAGGUAAAGGCUGACGCCCAAGGUGAGUCAGCCAAGCCUUCUGCAGAGGUCAAUGAUAAGGCUUUUAUGGAAGCUAAACUUAAAGCUGAGCGUGCUGCAGUAGAGAGAGCAACUGCAGAGGCCCGGCAGCGUGCCCUAGAGAAAGCAUUGUCUGAGAAGGCCGCCUUUGGAGCCAGAAACCAGGCUGAAAAGUUUUCUGAUGCAAAACAAAGCUUCCAAUCUUAUGAUUCACAUUACAAAGGCUCAUGUCCUCCUGCAACUGGCAGAUAUCCUAAUUCUUCAAAUCAGAGUGCUUCGAACUCUUCUGAGGGAUUGGGUGGAGCUACUGGCGAGUCAGCUCAAAGAUGUAAAGCUAGGUUGGAAAGGCAUCAAAGGACAGCAGAACGAGCGGCGAAAGCUCUUGCAGAGAAGAACAAGCGUGAUCUUCUUGCUCAGAAAGAACAAGCUGAAAGAAAUAGAUUAGCAGAAACCCUGGAUGCUGAAGUCAAAAGGUGGUCAAGUGGGAAGCAAGGAAAUUUACGCGCACUGCUAUCCACUUUGCAAUAUAUCCUUGGCCCAGAUUGCGGUUGGCAGCCGAUACCACUUACAGAUAUCAUAGCUACUGCAGCUGUGAAGAAAGCAUACAGAAAAGCCACGCUUUGUGUUCAUCCUGACAAGUUGCAGCAACGAGGGGCAAGCAUACAGCAAAAGUACACGUGUGAGAAAGUUUUUGAUCUUCUAAAGGAGGGUUGGAACAAAUUUAGUGCAGAAGAACGUUAGAGAGAGAUCCACUUUGGUGGAAGCUUACAGUGACUGCAUACUCCCUGGUACACGAAGCAAGCAAAGUCUUAGUGGAGGCAUUCUUUUUUACUCAUUCGUCUGGCUUAAUAUGCAAGCUGUAAUUCCAUAUUGUUAUUGAAUUAAACGAAUAUAUGCACCAAGAGAGAAAGACUAUUGACACUCUA